CUCCGCCGCGGACUCUUAACAUGCGACGGCAGUUAGCGCGUAACGCUUUUCUGGGGUUGGGAAAAGACAACCUGACCGAAAAAGCUUCCUUCUACCGCCUCCUCUCCGCCUUUCUUUUCAGUUUUUGCACCGCCUCCUUUCUCCCCACCCCCUCCAGUGAUUUCUUUCCUUUGGGUUUGAAAGCCAUGGGUUCACAGACGCAGUUAAAAUAUCCUCAGCGCUGUUUUGGUCAAAUUGAAAUCCUAAAACCAAAAUUUCCUUUAGGUACUCCAAUUUCACAAGCCUUCAAGUAUAAAAGGAAGACAAGUUAUUUCGGCAAACCUUCAGAAGGCAGAGGGGAAGCUUUCCUAUCAACCUUCUACCUGCAGAAAUUUGGAAAAAAGGUGCUGCUGCAAGGCUCAGUUCCAGCCAGUGGAAUGUGUGCAACUUCCAGGCCUGGCCCAUAAAAACUUCUCGCAUGUGAUCCUUUCACUCUUCUCCCAUCUGAUGGCUGGAUGUUGACAUCAAGGAUGAUGCUGGAUGCCAGAUGCGGAAGAUGGGAAAGCCUCUACCUGUCUGGGUCCCUCUUGGCAAUUUAUAACCAGGAUAUCAGUUUGUGAGAGAGACUAUGUUGCCCAGGCUGGUCUUGAGCUUCUGUCCUCAAGCCAUCCUCCUGCCACGGCCUCCCAAAAUGUUGGAAUUACAGGUGUAGUGAUCAACUGGUAACACCCACUUCGAAAAUUUUCAAGACCAACAUCAUCACAGCCAUAAGGUUUCAUUGGAAUGAGGUGGAAGCUGAAUUGCUAUUUCUGGAAAUCAGAGAAAAGAAGGAUGAAAGAAAACCUUUCAAACUACAUUUUCAAUGAAGCAAAGGAAUAAGAGAAGACAUGCUGUAUUAUUGCAGCAACUGUGAUCUUCAAAAACACUCUUGCCCUGAGCUCUGAAAUCCUCCAGCAUGAAAAAGAGGAAAGAUGAACAGAGGAUGAACUGCUAGAGCUGAAGGAACUCCACUCCGGGCCUUCCAGUUUCAAGGGCCAGGAGGGUCCCUAGGACUCUCUGUUUGCAGUCCCCACGGAGGCCACAAAGGGCGCCAUGGUGCUUUCCCUUGGAACUCUGUAAUGUCGCAAGAUGCCUGGUGGUUUCAGUUCCGGGAAGAUUGUGGCAGAUGUUAGCCCUGCAUAUCCAGAGGUUCCUGACUUUUGGUCACACCAUCCCAGGGGUCAGCCUAAGGCCUGCACUGCCCAGGCUGCGAGAGUUGGCUGUGGAGGCUCCGAGCCUCAGGCGAAGCAAUCUUACUUGCUUUCCUCAAAAACAUCCUGGCCAGAGAAAGGGAAAUGAUCGGAGGUAACCCCUGGUCCCAACCAGGCCAGUGAUGUCACCAGGACUAGGGGAGGCCUCUCUGCAAAGAUGGUGCUGGCAACCACAGGCCAUACCUAAUGUCUCAGAGCAAGAGAAGUGCUUUGGAGGAGCCCGGACUUUGCAUUCUAGAGCCUUGGACUUGAAUGAAGCAGGUACAAGUCCCCUAAAAGUAAUUGGUGAGGGAAAUUCAAGAAGAGAAAUACAUAUCAUGUUCAUUGACUAAAAGACUCAAUUUGGUUAGCAUAUUACAGCAACACAAUCUGAUUAAUAUUUCUAGUAGGAGAUUUUAGAGAAAUUUAAAAGCUUGUUUCAAAAUGUAUUUGAAAAUCGAAGAACCUAGAAUAGGCAAGUUGGUCUUGAAGAAGUAAUAGGUUGGAGGUCUUGCUCUGCUAGAUUUCAAACCUCAUUUUAAAGCUACAGUAAUUUCAGAACAAUAGGACCGGUGUGAGUAUUCAUAAAUAUAUCGAAGUCAAAGAAUACAGAUUCAAAUGAUAUGCGGUUAUUUAACUUUUUUUAGUAGAAUCUUUUUUACUCAGGAAAAAAUACUCAAAUCUGCAAAACAAAAAAGUUUUCCAACCACACACAGGAGGGGUAUGGGUAGGGGGAGGUGUCUGUCCAUCUAGCCUGUCCCGCAGCCCAUGCAGAGGUCAGCACUGGGAACGCUGAAGGUGGGAGGCCAUUUCAUGAUAUUUCUCAUUGGUGAAAUUGCCGAGGACACCUUCUUUGUCCACCAGCAGGCCUAGUGUCUUAGCAGUCAUGGCGACAGUGACAUUGGAAGUGGAGGCUCCACCGAUGCUCUUGGUAAGAAGGUCCCAGGGCAAGUCCUGCAGCAGUGAGUCCAGACCACAGAACAUUUCUGCCCCCGUAGUGUCGGCCCAUUCACAAAAAACCUUGACCAGUCAGAGUCUUGCUCUGUCACCCAGGCUGGAGUUCAGUGGCUCUGCGGUGUGGGUUGCUUUUUUAUCUGGAAUGUGUCUGACAUCCUGAGACCUGGACUCAUUUCAGGGAGCUUUGAGAGGAGCCCCAAUUACUGACGGAAUUGGAUGGUGUGUGGAGACGCUUCAGCAGCACGAGGGUAAGUGGAGGAGCAAGACCAGGUCACAGUGAGAGACAAUGAGCAUCAUCAACCACCCCGACCAUCACCAUGAUCUUGCCAGGUUCUGCUGGGGGAAGGCAACAACACAUCAAUGGUGUUAUAGCAAGUGUGUGUGUGUGUGUGUGUGUGUGUGUGUGCGUUUUAUCUCCAAUAAUAUUCCAUAAGAACUGUUCAUGGUUCUGUUCCUUUUCCUUUCAAUACAUGGGAAAACUAAAUGAAAACAACAAAAUAGCAUCAGGUUUACAAGACUUCCCAAAGUAUAUGGUCACACACGUUUUCAGGGAAUAUACACAAAUGAUUUUGAUCACUUGAUACCUUGAAAAGAGCUCUUGUGAGACAGAAUGAUAUUGAUAUGUGACAAGUAUGAAAAAAGUGUCAGUGACAUCAAAGAAACAAAUAAACCCACAGAUAGAGGAGGAGCUUUGCACUUAGGGAUGUGAACUGGUCAUAAGUGUAAUGAAAAGCCAAGAUGCUGCCUCAGUGAGAGAAAAGAAAUCAACAUAACAAUGGGAUGCAGCGAGGAGAACACUGAGUCAGGGGAGAAAAUAUUUUUAAAGAUAAAUUAUUCAUUAACUUUUCAGUAGGUACAGAAACAAAAAAUGCAGAACACAGAAGCUAUCAUGGCAGUCUAAAAGUCUGACAUCUUUCAUGUGUGGAAAAGCCUUAAGAUCUGUUUUAACUUAGAGAAGGUGCGGUGACUUCCUGAAGACCGCUAAGAAAAUAUAACCUUCUGGGAAACUGUCUCCAUGAUUUUAUACACACAAGAGAUGGACAGAGGAAUGCGCUUAGACAUAUUAAGAAAGAGGUGAGUCUGCAGCACUGCCACAAGGGUAAGCAAAUACUGAGAGGGACUGCUGAGGAAAUAAUCCCCAUCUGUGACUCUCAGGUGAGAUCAGGGGGCCUUGGUUUCAGCACAGCCUGGGCAAUUGGAAUGCAUGGCUCCUAAGAUUUCAUGACACACCCACCUUCUAAUUCUGUUAUUGUGACUGCAGAUGGUUACCCGGGACACCGGCUGCUAACCUCCCUCACUCUUGUAGAGUCUGAGCUACAGGCAGUGCCUUUGGCUCUGAGCUCUGGUAUUCUAAACUUUGUUUUAGCGAUUAAGUACUCUGUGGUAUUGGUGGAAUUCUUCUUAACCGUAAGUCAACCAUUCCAGCUGUUGUCAUCCCUCAGUGCUGACUAACCCUAUUUGAUUUCACUUGUUUUUGACCCAUCAUGUGUUUUGGUUUCUUCUCCCUAGUCCCUGUUAUACCUCUUCUGCCACCAACAUCAGCAUGUGGUAUCUGCUGGACAUUUAUCCAGGGAGAGGGCAGAAAUGAACAUCCUAUAAAUCAACCAGGAAUUGUGUUAUAAGGGUUUUUCUCUUGUGAGGUUUAUUGCCGAGUUUAAAAUGAGGAAACUGAAGCCUGCAUGAGAACAAUUAGACACCAAUUUAUUCGGCUCUUGGGUGAGGUUCUGUGGUCCUGGGAAAGAGGCCAGAGAAGUUAUGCCCGACCUCUCUUAGGCGUGGGGUUUUACAGGGAGGGAAGGCGUUCUGAUUGCCUGUGGACAAACAGGACAUGGACGUAGCAAGCUGCUAUUGGUAGGCAGGCAGGAUUUCUGGUGAGCAGGCUAGGUGCCGAGUGCAGAGCUUAGUGCUGAGUUCAGAGGGGAUUUCCAAGGCAGAGCUAGAUAAUGGGCGUAUUCUGGUGAUGUAAUUUUCAGGCAGGGAGAGGGAUGGGCGUGUCCGAGCUCCCAACAAGUCAAAUGGCCUUACAGUGCUCCCAGCUGGCACAGAGCCAACAGCAGUUCCAAGACCUCAAAGAGAAAUUUCUUGUAAGUCAAGCUACUGUCUACUCUCUGGCCAAGCAACUGAAGAGAUACAAGCUGGUUUUAGCCCCCUCCAUUGCGAUGAAGAACCCUCCACAGAUGGAAGAUGAUCUACCCGAAGGCUCAUCAAACACCCAAUGGCAUCAAGUGCCUGGGAACAUUGAUGCCUCCAGUGUUGCAAAACCCAAGAAGAUCAAACGAAAGCUCCCUUUCAGCAAAUGGUUCUGCUGGACUUCACGCUCCGGGUGCAGAGACUGUGAUGCAUACCACCUCAACAUCCAGUCUCUGGAGAGAGAAAUAUACAAAAUUGGAGAGCAGACCAUUUAUGAAGAGUUCAAAAUCAUUGAGGAGCUCAGGAAAUAUAAAGCCCUGGAUUACCGUCAGACAGAGCAGCUGGCACAGUUAAAGUAUGAAUUACGGAAAGUGAGAGAUGCCUCCUGCUCAGUGGAUCAGCAUUUUGAGGUCCACCUCCCUCCUGAUGACCCUGACAACUCUGAGCAUCAGGACGUCCGAGAGCAGCUGGCUAAGGGGCCCGGGCUGGCUGAGCAAUGUGUCAGCAGGCUCAGCCCAGAAAAUGAUAAACACUAUCAAGAUCAAACAGAGGAGGAGGGCGAGAAAGCAGAGAAAUCAGCUUCCCCCAGGCUGAGCCAGGAGCUACUGGAGGCAAAAGAGCAGAAAGCCUCAGAAGACUCCCUGGAUGACCUUUACUGGGCUCUUUCAGCUCAGGGUGACCUGUCUGAUUACCACCAGCCUUAUAGCAGUGCCUCGUCCUCACUGGAGAAUCAGCUCACAUGCCCUGCACUGGAUGUAGCCUCUUCCACCCAGGCCACCUGUCACCAAGGGACUUGGAGUGGAGACUUGAGCCCCCACCUGUCAGAGGUGCAGGCUUCACAGACACAGCUGGAUUUAAGCACCAUGGUGCCGUGUUUUCUACGAAUAGAGCUGGAUGAAGUGUUCCAUGGUGGGAAUGGCCCAGCCAGUCAGGGCCUUUCCUCCACCACCUGCAACUUCACAGUCAAUGUUGAUUCUGAUUCUCCUUUGCUUCAUUAUGGAUUUCUACACCCACAGUCAAGACGGAACUCACUGGCUCAGACCCAGGCUGUCUUCCCCACAUUUUCUGGAGUCCAGAGCCAGAACCAGGCUCCCAAGCUUGUUUUAGCCCCCUCCAUUGUGAUGAAGAUCCCUCCACAGAUGGAAGAUGAUCCACUCGAAGGCUCAUCAAACACCCAAUGGCAUCAAGUGCCUGGCAACAUUGAUGCCUCCAGUGUUCCAAAACCCAAGAAGAUCAAAAGAAAACUCCCUUUCAGCAAAUGGCUCCGUUGGCCUUUAUGCUCAGGGUGCAGAGAAUGUGAUAACUAUAGAGCAAGAUUAAAAACUCUGCAACUAGAUAUCAUCAAUUACACGGAGGCAAUACUUGAAGAGGAGCUCAUGAGAACAGAGGAGCUCAGGGAAUAUAAAGCCCUGACUCAAUCUCAGGCAGAGCAGCUGGCAAAGUUGCAAGAAGAAAUAGAUGCCACCAAGUUACGGAAUGAGCAAUUGAAGGCCCACGUCACUUCUGAUGACCCCGAAAAAGAUAAACAUUAUCAAGAUGAUACAGACAAGGAGGGCAAGAAAGCAGAGAAAUCAGCUGCCCCCAGGCUCAGCCAGGAGCUACUGGAGGCAAAAGAGCAGAAAGCCUCAGAAGACUCCCUGGAUGACCUGUCUGAUUACCACCAGCCUUAUAGCAGUGCCUCGUCUUCACUGGAGAAUCAGCUUAUGUGCCCUGCUCUGGAUGUAGCCUGUGAGUGCUGCAGCCUGAAGGUCCUAAAACUCCAUGGUCCUGCCAGGCAGCCUCUGUAUGUUAUGUUUCUGCAACUUGUGUCACUGAGUCAGAUCAUCAAUGCAGGCAGGCCCCGUAACCUGAGCCUGCCUCAGUUUCGAAUCUGACUCUUGGCUCCAUUUUUAAUCACAGACAUCCAGUGGGAGGAACUUCCUCUUUUCCUGUCCCAAGUGACUCCUCGGUCACCUGGUUUCUUCUCACAAAAACAGGCUGUGGGCAUGAAAACAGGAAAGAGGUCAGGACUCACAGCAAGUUUUUGGCCACAGUAGCCCAUCUGGAUAUAUUUGCUUAAAAACCUUCUUCUGUAAGAUAGGGCAUCUGUCUUUUCUCAAAUGAUGUUGCUAACUGCUUGCCUUGGACAGUGCCCUUAUCUCUUCUCUGGCUAUCCACACAUCCAGGCAGUUUUGCACCAUUAUUUCAGAGCCCAUUGUAGAAUUCCUGUGUCUGAUAAGGACUCUCUACUCUAGGGAUCCCCAGCUCAGGGGCCAUGGACAGUUGUGGGUCCAUGACCUGUUAGGAACUGGGCCACACAGCAGGAGGUCAGCGGUGGGAGAGCAUGACCGCCUGAAUUUCGCCUCCUGCCAGAUCAGCAGUGGCAUUCAAUUCUCACAGGACUCGAACCCUAUUGUGAAUUGCACAUGUGAGCGAUCUAGGUUCUGCACCCCUCAUGAGAAUUUAAUGCGUGAUGAUCUGUCACUGUCUCCCAGUGACUGUCACCCCCACGUGGGACUAUCUAGUUUCAGGAAAACAAGCUUAGGGCUUGCACUGAUUUGGUGAGUUGUAUAAUUAUUUCAUUAGAUAUUAUAAUGUAAUAAUCAUAGAAAAACAGUGCACAAAUAAUGUAAUGUGCAUGAAUCAUCCGGAAAGCAUCCCCCUUACCCUGGACCCAGAAAAAUUGUCUUCCAUGAAACCGGAUGCUGGUGCCUAAAAGGUUGGGGACUGCGGCUCUACCUGCUGGGAGGUGACCUCCCUCCACUGACGCAGUCCAGCGUGCCUUCCUUUACUCAGGCCCAGGCUGGCAUGCUCUGCAGAGCUCCAGUGGCUUUUUCCAUGUGUGGGCUUGUUGUUUGAAUUGUGAUUUGGUCUCAGUGCUAAAGUCUCAUGAAAACCAUUGAGAAUGAGUGUCCCUCACGGGGUACUGGCCUAACUAAUGAGCAAAGCAGAGUGGUUUCUAUCCUCAUGAUGUCCAGAAAACCCUUCCGCUGAGCAAGUGCCCUUUGGUGUAGCAGCUUCACAGGAUAUGUAGAGAAAAAUUUCGAUUUUCAUUUUUUCAUGCUCAUUGUAUUUGUUUUUCCUUUCAUUCUGGGAGUUUCAUGUGGAUUGUUGGGAGUUUCAAUCAUCAACCUAUUUUCUAGUAAGAGCAGGUAACUCUGUGAUGUACCCCAGUAUAUCUGAUUAUGUUGUAAUAAAAUUAGCAAGAGUGCCAGGUGCGGUGGCUCAUGCCUGUAAUUCCAGCACUUUGGGAGGCUGAGGUGGGUAGAUUGCUUGAGCUGAGGAGUUUUAGACCAGGGUGGGCAACACUACAAAAACAUGUCUUGAUGAAAAAUUAGCAAGGCAUGAUGACACACACCUGUGCUUCCAACUUUAUGGGAGGCUGUGGUGGAAGAAUCACCUGAGCCUGGGAAAUUGAGGCUGCAGUGCAUCAUUAUUGCCCCACUGCACUCCAGCCUG